GGACACGCCGUCCGUUGUUGGGAGCCGCACGGAGCCAGGGCAGGCAGGGAGCCUGCCUUAGCCCUGUUGUGCCGCCGACCGGACUUUUGGUGUAUUAAAAUCUGCUGGAUUGCUUUUAAUAGACCCCAGGAGAUUGAGGCAGAUUCCGGUAGACUCCCGGCCAAUCCGGGAGGGUUGGCAUCCCUGUUCACAAAGAGUCUUGAGGCAGAAGUCAUUUGCGGUCUCUCUGCUGCUUUUCUCCAUUGCUAGUAACUCCUGACCCAACUCCUCCGCAGCUGCGUAAACAAGGACACCUUCACGCCUACAUCAAGUAGUUCUGAAUGUCAAGCAGCCUGGCCGGUUAAAUGCAUCCCAGAGCUCUUCCUAAUAAAAAAUGCAUCAGCCUCUUCUAAAGGCAAUUACACGUCUGCAAGGCAGCGGUACGUGAGCAAAUAAGCUCACGAAGGCCGUUACGAGGCUCGGUUUCCUCUUUAACAGGUGCGCUAAGAUCCUUCCAAAACAAAUCUCGCCCGCCAGGAAAUUUAAACCAGCCUCAAGAAAGGAUCCUCAUAAGAAAGAGCAAAUUAAAUCUGUUGGCCCUUGUGUUCCCCUGCAGAGACGCAGGAUGGCCAAGGACGAGCCUUCAAAGACCUGAGUGCCUUGAGGGUCCUGUGCCGGGCGAAGAGGCAGUGUCCUCUUUGGAAAUAGCUGCUCUUUAAGGCUGGAAUUUUCAGCGGGUUUAUGGGAGUUAGGUGCGUAACCCCCAUGGACAGCGGGAGAGGAAGAUGCCGGCCUAAAGAAGUGUGUUAGUGAGAGUCUGUUUUUCCAAGGCGAGGGAGAAUGGUUUGAUCUUGAGGGGCGGGUUUCGCUUUUCUGUUGGUAGAUUCUCAUUGGGGAUGUUUUCUCCUCCCAAUCAGUAGACAUCCUUGCACUGAUCCAUUGCUUUUUUGGGGGUGGAGUUGGGAUGGGUAUUUUUAGUGAAAUCUCCAGCGCCUCUUUCUUUCAUUGACUAUUCAGCACUUCCACUUUACUAAGCGAAUCACACAAUUCCCCUCAUACACACACACACACACACACACUCCCCUUGUGAGAUAUGAUCAAUAUUAGCUCACCCGCCUCCCACACCCAGCAUAGAGAAGGGGACACCUUGCAUACCAACCUUUUCCCCAAGGAAGUUAGUGGUAGAACCAGGAGUAGAACCCGGAAGCCCUGGCUCCAAACUAUAGGCGCCGACCGCGUGGGUGCUCCGGGACUCAAGCACUCAUGGAAAAAAAAUAGGAGGUGCUCAGAACCCACCAACCACAGCUGUUGGGUCGGGACACUGAUCAGCUGUUGGGCGGCCGGUAAGGAAGCGCUCAGGGGAGGGCAGGGCCUCUGGAAAGGGGCAGAGCCUCAGGGUGGAGCCGGGGGUGGAGCACCCCCGGGAAAAAUGAAGGUCAGUGCCUGUGCUCCCAACACUUGACCUUCCAUUGCCCUGCACUUGUUGCAGUCAGUGACCUGUUGCAAAGCGGAACUGGUUUGGAAGAGGAGCAUUUUGCACUGGUGUGGACGGCUCUACAAGGUGUAGUGGUAUGGAGAAAGCAGGCUGCCUGUGCCUCGCUCCGUCAGCUACCCCACAGUGCGAAGGGAGGCUGAUCUUGGGACUGUUCCCGUGUGGCUUCGGGGUGUGAAACGCAAGGGUGCGCGUUGCUUCAACUCUUGCAAGUUGUUCCAAGAUUUGACCCCGUGGCGGGCGCGACACCGGUUCAGUAGCAGAUGCUCUUGUGACCGUUGUCGUCUUGCUUGCAGUAUGUGGAGAGUGAGUCCACCCCACCCCCCGCAGCGCGCAGCGACCAGUCAUGGACGUGCAGCCCCAGGAAACUUCCCUGACGGUUAACGAGCAAGUCAUUGUGAUGUCGAGUCACGAGACUAUCCGAGUGCUGGAGGUGGGAGUGGACGCCCCACUUCCAGCAGAGGAUGAUGGCAAAGCUUUGGAAGCAACAGCUGGAGAGGUCGCAAGCAGCUGCCCCGUGGAAACAAGUGAACCAGGAAGAGAAGACGUGCAGCCAAACCUGGAGACCACUUGUGGAGGGACAACUGGCGAAGUAAAGUCAUUGCCUGGAAUGGCUCCCACCAGCGUCUCAUCCGUCACUACCUUCAACCCAGCAACAAGCCAACCGACCCAAACCCUAGCUCCCUUGGCCGUGCAAGCUGCGCCACAGGUCUUGACUCAGGAAAACUUAGCAACAGUUGUGACAGGAGUAAUGGUUCCAGCAGGGGCAGUUACUCAACCUCUUCUUAUCCCCAUCAGUAUUGCAGGUCAAGUGGCUGGUCAGCAGGGGCUGGCUGUGUGGACAUUUCCUACAGCAACGGUCGCUGCCCUUCCCGGACUGACGGCUGCUUCUCCUACAGGGGGAAUUUUCAAACCACCUAUAGCCAACUUGCAAGCAGCUGCGGUCCUGAACACGGCAAUGCCAGCCCCAGUGCAGCCUGCCCAGCCGCUGCAGGCUCCGCCGACGGUCCAGCCGCGGCCCUCCGUGCAAACGCAGGCCGUGUUCCAGCCGCAGCCCUCGCUCCAGAGCCCGCCGGCCAUCCUGCCCCAGGCCGCCGCCGCCCCGCUGCCGCCCGUGGCAAAGCCGUUGGAGACACAGACGCAAAUCACAGUCCAGCCUGCGGGAUUUGCCUUUAACCCUGGCAUAAUCAGCGCGGCUUCUCUCGGGGGGCAAACCCAGCUCCUCAGCUCGCUGGCCGCCGCCCCGGUGAUCGCGAACACCAUUCCCAGCGUCCAAGGGAUCACGAGCCAGAUCCUGACCAACGCCCAGGGACAGGUCAUUGGGACGCUGCCCUGGGUGGUGAACCCAGCUGGGAUCACGACAGCCAAUGCCACCCCAGCUGUUUUGCCAGCCCAGAACCUGCAGCUGCAGGCAGUGACCCCGCAGCUGCUGCUGAACGCCCAAGGGCAGGUCAUCGCGACAUUAGCCAGCAGCGCCCUCCAGACGGCGGCCAUCAGGAAACCCAAUGCCCCGGAGUCCCCGGCAAAGAAUGAGGUUCAGCCAAUCCAGCCUGCCCCGGCUCUGCCCCAGCCAGCUGUGGUCAUCGCAAACCCAGCCCCUGCCGCUAAGCCCUCUUCCGCGCCCGUUCCCAUCACUUGCUCGGAGACCCCGACAGUGAGCCAGCUGGUUUCCAAGCCACAAACUCCAAAUACGGGCACUGAGGAGGAUGGAAUCAACCUAGAGGAGAUUCGGGAGUUUGCCAAGAACUUUAAGAUCCGACGUCUGUCUCUGGGCCUGACGCAGACACAGGUGGGUCAAGCUUUGACGGCGACGGAAGGACCAGCUUACAGCCAGUCUGCCAUCUGCAGGUUUGAGAAGCUGGACAUCACCCCCAAGAGCGCCCAGAAGCUGAAGCCGGUGCUGGAGAAGUGGCUGAGCGAGGCCGAACUGCGGAACCAGGAAGGGCAGCAGAACCUGAUGGAGUUCGUGGGCGGCGAGCCCUCCAAGAAACGCAAGCGCCGCACCUCCUUCACGCCCCAGGCCAUCGAGGCCCUCAACGCCUACUUCGAGAAAAACGCCCUGCCCACCGGCCAGGAGAUCACCGAGAUCGCCAAGGAGCUCAACUACGACCGCGAGGUCGUCCGGGUCUGGUUCUGCAACCGCCGGCAGACGCUCAAAAACACUAGCAAACUCAAUGUCUUUCAGAUCCCCUAGGGGGGCAGGUGGGAGGACAGAACCCUGCCCAGCCCAGCCCGGCCACCCCCAGGAUCCUGCCGUGAGCACUUUGUGACCAACUGUUCCCUAGGCCUUGUCCCUGCCCAUCUCCCGCCCGCCCCACCAGCCCAGCUUCGCUGACUGCAGCCGGGCAUUAUUUUCCCCCGCCGUGUGCAUAUAUCCACGCCCUUUGUCCUCACAGGAUCUGACCGUGUACACGUCGGACGUCGCAAGCCUAGCUCCUUCCUUCUGCUCCUGAGUGUAACGUAGUGAGUGCCAGAGCUGCCGAUGUGAGUGCCCCAAGGUAGCGUCAGGGCCUGCCAGGAGGCCAGUAGGGGCCGGGAACAGGCAGAGGUGAAGCCUACUUCAUUUCAAUCCUUGUUUAUUUCGUAACCCUGCCUGUCCCGUGUGAGACACAAGUUCUUGGUAGCUAACGGCAUCUGGGCGGAGUAGCUUCAUUUCUAUCCCCUCCCCUAUGAGUACAAAGCACUAUCCAUCAAAAGACUUUAAAAGGAAGUUUCUGCGUAUGAUUAGCUGCUAGGGCUUGGGAAUCACCGCGUCGUUUAAAGAGCCAGUAGGUAGCUCCCUUACUAACCUCGUUUGCCAGGGGAAAGCCGGCCACCUGCGUCCUGGCAUCUCCCCUGCCACCCUUGGGAAAUGGAAGGUUAAAUUGCACUAAAUGGGAUUGUUUCUAUAGGAAGAAAUGGGCAGAACCGGCUGGGCCAGGCAGCUUCUUCACCAAAGUGAGGCCUCUGAAGGCGGACAGGGUGUGAGCCCUUUCAUUUGCUCCAUCCUCUUUCUUUUUUUUUUUUUUGUGUUGGCUCCUGUUGAAGUCGAGCGUUACCCCUUCCCCUGCUAGGGCUCGAGCCUGGGGGUCUAAAGGCGUGGGCCUCUGUUAGCUGGGAGGCAUAAACCACUCUGAGUGGUCUCACGAGGAGAGGAGACCAAAGAGCCAUGCCGUGGAGCCGGGGCUAUACAAGGGACAUUUUACCUUCCUCCUGCUGGGGUCUAUGCUUGCCUUUUGAGUGUGGCUUUUCUGAAGGGGGCGAUCUGGAAAAUGAACGGACCGGACUCUUGCUCACUGCUGGAAGGGGGAUGGGGAAGUGGCAGCAGCCCUCCCGGCUGUAAGAGGGGAGACCAUCAGCUGACUGCCUUGUCGAAUUGCCAAGUAAAGGGGGCCGACUCCAAGCCAGCAGCGCCAGCCUUCCUCCCCGUGGGAAAGCGGCUAGGCAAAGGACUCAGACUCUUUGCAAUGGAGACGAACCAGGCCCCGGGGCUGUGUGUGUGGAAGGAACAGCCUUCAGCUUUGAACUACAACGUCCCUCCUUGUGCGGCUCAACAAUCAGGGGACGCUCUCCAGGGGACGUCUAUUCCUUCUUUACCGGCAGCCUUUCAGAGCGCGGCGGACGUCGCCUGAACGUGUCGUCCCCCGCCAUCGCCUGUGUGGCAUCAUUGCAAAACGCGCCAGAGCCCAGCUCGCGGGCUGGAUGCAGGGAGGUGGGAUCCAUCCCGAGAUCGCUCCCAGGUGCCCUCUUUCUAAGCUGGGUUCAGUGCAAAAGGGGAAUAAGUGGAGGAAGCUGUGUGUAUUAAGGCCCUGCAGGGAGGGUGGGGCCAGCCUGUUCCUGUCUGUAUAUGCACUGUGUGUCUUUAACAUAAGAAGGGAAUGGGAGGUGUGUUUUGCUGUCUUGUGAAAGUCAAAAUAUAUAGAGAGAUAUAAAUGAUUUCACAAUAAUCCUUAACUGUAAGCGCAGGAAAAGGUCCCAUUCGGUGCUGCCUCUUCUGCUUAUCUUAAAGAGACAGUGCUGGUUGCCUCGGGCCUAAGCAUUUAAAAACAAGGCCUAAAUUUCAGUCCCAAAGUAGAUCAUCAGAAAGUAGCUUCUGUUGCUAAGUGGAGUGGGAGGUUCUGCUUGCCUGCAUGGCAAUCAAGAGGUGGUAUCAGACCCCGGCACAAUUUCAUCUGCAGUCAGGGGCCCACCUACAGGCUAGGAAAGCGUCAGAUAGCCCAGUAGGAUGAGAAUCUGGUAUAGGGGUCAGCUGGCCCUGUGCUUUAUGGGAGCUCCCAGUGUCUCAUAAAGCCCUCUUUAUCCUAGGAGAUAUACGAGGGUUAUGGGUCUGACAUCCUGAUCUCCAGGACACAUCCCAGAGGCUAGUUGUUAUUCCUAGGGGAAUCUCAAGGGAAUCUGUGUCUGUCCUAGUUCAUCUCCCACCUUCCGAAUGGCAGCGGGAGUGAGCUUUCUGCUCCAGGAGGGUGGCACUCGGGGUUCAGCGUAACUCACUGCCAGGCAAAAUGUUUACACGUCUCGUUGAUUUGGGGACAGCCGACCUGGGCGGGAUGGGGGCCAGUUGAGGGUUUUACUGAACUGAAAAGCUGCUUCGGUUUUACCGCAUUUUUAUCAGGCAAAGAUCAGCCCACAGGCUGAACGGAGCGUGAGCGUCACUAGCCCAGGACCGUGAGACUCAGCAGGGAGAGGAGGAACGGGAGAAAGACCAAGCCGAUUAAUUGGACAGUGGCUGCUGCCUCCACAAGCAGACCUCAGUCCCAGCAUCAGCAGGGCGAUUCUGCUGUGCAAUACAAUUUCUUGGCACCUUCCCCUUCCAAUCAGGCUUUCGCUAGGAUGUUUGGUUGGUCCCCUGCCCCGAGUUGAUGCUGCUGUUCCCAAGAUGCUACAAGCAAAGCUAGCCGUUGCGUUGGCUGCCCGGUGUGGUGGUGAGACCAAUGCCACACAGGCGUUGCCGAUUCCCCAAACCUCUGCUCUGAACGGCAGAACGGGGUGCUCGAGGGGCGCGUCUGGAUCUGUCCAAAGAAGGUUUCUUAGAGGGAGGGUUGUGGUUUUUUGUUUUUUAGGAAGUACCUUUCCAGAUCUGCUGUCCCUCCACCUCCGUUUGGAAUAGCUAGGGCAGGGUUGGCAGGCAAAUUCCUCCCUAAUAAAGGUGCUCCAUCUCCCUCUCUCCCUGCCCUAAGAAAUGAGUGUUUCAGUGAUUUCCAGACAUGGCCAGGGUGGGGGGCCAGGACUGGGAGCAAAAGCGGUUUCAUACCAUCCUUGGAGCAGGAGGUGGUUUAUACGCCGCCACCCCGGGUCAAUCAGAACCCGACCCGCUAUCGCCAGUCCUGUGUCUCCAGCCUCCAAUCUCCAGGGCUCCCCCCACUUAGCCAGUCCUCGUUGGGCGGGCCAGUCCCCCUCGCCUCGGUUAACGCCACUGCUCAGUUUCAAGAGAAGCUGUUGGAUUUCACAGAGUGCCGUGUGAGGUGGUAUAAGUUGGACAAGGAGGGAGGGAAGGACUCCGUGGGGGUGGGGAGCCGGUCUGGGGUCUGGCUGUCUUGCUCUGUUAGACUGAUGCACUUGAUGUAGUUGUG